ACUGGGCAUCAAAUUCGUGACUGCAAAUCCGGAUCGUGCCGCGCCUGUCAGUCGAAACACCACACGCUCUUGCAUUUCGAACGCUCAACUGCAUCGUUAAUCAAUAGUCAAGCCGAAGCUUCGUCGGCAGCUACAGUUCAAUCCAACGCUAUGACUGCAUCGUUAUCUGUGUCGCCUAGUGCCCCAGUAUCUCCUUCUGAUGCUGUGUUCCUAGCUACUGCCGUCGCUCUGGUAAAAAAUCGUGCUGGAAGCCUCGUGCCUUGCAGGGCGCUUUUAGAUUCUGGCUCCCAGUUACACUUUGUCACAACUCGCCUUGCAAACCAAUUGCAGCUUGUAAAAGCAAAAUCUUCUGCUACAGUAUCUGGCAUUGGAGAUGCCAAUUUCUCAACGGAGGGUUACUCAGUCGACCUCGUACUGAAGUCGCGGACUUCAGAUUUCUCAACAAACAUAACAGCUGUUGUUGUGCAAACCAUAACCGACAACCAGCCUGGCUGCUCCGUGAGCACCAACGAGUGGAAUGUUCCGUCGAAUAUACAACUAGCCGAUCCUGGGUUCAACUUACCGCAGCGAAUUGAUCUGCUCAUUGGAGCAGCAUUGUUCUUCGAUCUGCUAUGUGUGGGGCAGAUACGCUUGGCAUACGGUUUACCACUCCUUCAAAAAACACGCCUCGGUUGGGUGCUAUCUGGAGGGGGGCAACAAGCUCCAAAACUAUCAUCUUUUGUGGUGCGACGGAAGUCCUCCAGUGAUAUUAUUUCCACUCGGUUGGAAGAUUUAGUGCGUCAGUUCUGGGAAAUAGAGCACAACUUCGAGCCGAUCUCUAAGGUCUCCCAAGAAGAUAUCGACUGCGAAGCCCACUUCCGGGAAAAUUAUUUGCGAUUGUCAUCAGGCGAAUACUCAGUUCGUCUUCCCAUGAAGCGUGGUGUGGAGGCCCUUGGAGACUCCUAUUUGCAAGCUCGUCAACGCUUCGAAAGUCUUGAACGAAAAUUCGCUCGUAACCCUGAGCUUAAAACAGAAUAUAGUAAGUUCAUAAAGGAAUAUCUGGACCUUAAUCACAUGUCGCUAGUUACCAAAGAGGUUUUUCAACAAUGCAGGUAUUUUCUGCCGCAUCAUUGCGUCAUCAAGGAUGACAGUAGCACAACAAAGCUGAGAGUGGUUUUUGAUGGCUCUGCAUCCACUACUUCGGGCUUUUCGCUGAACGACCUACUCAUGGCAGGCCCAACUAUUCAGCCGAAACUUUUUAAUAUCCUUAUUAGAUUUCGUACUUUUCCCAUAGCACUUACUGGGGACAUCUGUAAGAUGUAUAGGUGUGUUCGCGUCACCCCACCAGAUAGCAUGCUCCAAUGCAUAUUGUGGCGUGAAUCUCCUCAGGAAAACUUUGCCAUCUAUAAGUUAGACACGCUGACUUAUGGAACUAAGCCUGCGUCAUUUCUGGCCAUACGUGCCAUGCACCAACUCGCAGCUGACGAAUCCUCGACUUACCCCAUUGGUGCAGAAAUAGUGCGUCGAGACUUCUACGUAGAUGACUUGAUAUCUGGAGGCGAUUCGAUGGAAGAAGUACUGAAUAUCAAGCUACAAACAACUAGCCUCCUUGCUCGAGGAAACUUUAAGUUACGCAAGUGGUGCUCUAAUAGUCCAGAUAUCCUUCGUGAUAUACCUGACGUAGACAAGGAACGUUUCCUUAAGUUUGACGAUGGCAGUGACAUCACCAAAGCUCUGGGACUAGUUUGGGAUACGGUCAAGGACAAGCUGCUAUUUUUGUUUCUCGCUGUUACGAUCCCCUUGGACUAA